AAAUUAUUCAUGAAUAUGAAUCCCAAUAGGAAAAAAUAUUCAUGAAUGUAACCCCUGAAAAUCUAAAUCCAAAUCCUAAUCGGAACCCUAGUGCUCCAACUAGAUCCGAAAUUGAAGAAAAUUCUAGUGCUCCCAGAACAUCUAGAGUCUUCGGUUCUAGAACAUACCAGUUAGGAGGAAGAUAUCCCAUACCUCAAGCAACACUUGAGUAUAGGGGAAAGAACAGAGAAAGGAUACAAUUUGGUAAAAAAAUAGAGAUUGACCCAAACCAAUUACUUGCUGCAAAACAACAAGGGACUAUUCUAGAAUUACCAAGUUGGAAUCCACAGCUUUGGGCAGAAAUAAUAGAUCAAUGGGAAAGAGACGCUUGCCGAGCAUGGAUCAAUCGAUCUAUGGAUGGUGAGAUGUUCGAAUUCCUAGAAACCCUUCUAGGCCCCACUGUAGAAUUGUACUGGAAUACCUUUAAGAGAGAGAACCCAACCUUAGUUGCUGAAACACAAGACUUGGGGGAAAAUCCAUACAAUUUUACAUCUUUAAUCAAAAAGAUGUUCUUAGGAUCUGAUGUAACUGUUGAUUCCGAAAGAGCUUUGCAAAAUAAAGCUAUUGAGGAACUUGAGUUAGAAGAAGAGGUUGAACAGGUACAGCCUUCAAAACCUGUAAAUCAAAUAAACAUCCCUGCAUCAAAUGAAGAACAAUUAAUCAGAGAUGUAGAAAAAUUGUCUCUAUUGCAAGAAAUGAAAUCAAUGACCAAAACACUCAAUGAAAAGGAUGAGUACAUCUUGCAAUUAGAAGAACAGAUAAAAUUUCUCCACCAAAGAACAAAGGAACUGGAGAACCAAUUAGCAAAACUUCCACUCAAAGGAAAAGAUGCUAAUGAACCAACAGCAUAUAAAGAAGAACAAAUCUCUACUUUAUCGGCUAAUGUUCCAACAAACCCUAAAGAUCCAAAUACCCUACUUAGCAUACUGUGUUCAAUCACCUUCAAAAAUGGAGAAGCAAAAGAAUUCUUAGGAAUGAUUGAUACAGGAGCAUCUAAAUCUCACAUCCUUGAAACAGAAAUCCCGAGUUCUCAAGUCUCAACAAUGAAAGCUGUUUAUGGAACUCAAAUGGAUGGAACUCAACUCAAAUAUGAUAAAUGUCUAAAGGAUGCAAAAAUUUCUUUCUGGGAAUGGGGAUCAGGAAAUUUUGGAGAAAAGUACACCUUACCUCAAAUGGAUCACAGUCCACUUGACAGGCAAGAAUUUGAGGUUCAAAUAAAAGAGCUUGUAGCCUUAGGAGUCAUAAAGCAUUCCAAUUCUAGACAUUCCUCUGCAGCAUUCAUGAUCAAAAUGGAAAAAGAAUCCAUUCCAUGGACCGCCUUCACUUGUCCCGAAGGACAUUUUGAGUGGCAAGUCAUGCCAUUUGGAUUAAAAAAUGCACCUUCAAUUUUCCAAAGAAAGAUGGAUCAGAUAUUCAAAAAAUAUUCUGAUUUCGUCUUAGUUUACAUAGAUGAUAUUCUAGUCUUCAUCAAAACUGAGACUGAGCAUAUCAAACACCUACAGGAUCAAAAUGAGACGCUCGACUUCAGGCAAAGCCAGCGAUAAAGGCAACACCUCUAGAGCUAGGUCCUGUACAGAAGGUCUCAAUUUGGAUCCAGUUGCUGAUAAACUUCUGAACAACAUUCAGGAGAGCUUCGGCAAUUUGAACCUUUUUGAGAAUAAUUUAAAAACUUUAGC